AUGAUGUCACGAGUGGUGAGGCAAGUCUCCGUAGAUGCAGGCAUCUGGCUCCGGUGGAAGAUGCUGCUGCUCUCCCUCCUCCUGUUCCACACCCUGGUCUGGCCCACGCACAGCAUGAAUGGCAGCUGUGAUGCAGUUUGUGGGCGCCGCCCCCUGAUGUCUGGCUACGGCGGGAUGCGGAUCGUGGGUGGCGUAGAUGCUCUGCCCGGGGCCUGGCCCUGGCUCGUCAGCAUCCAGAUCCCCACCCGAAUGGGCCCCCGGCAUUCAUGUGGUGGGUCCCUCAUCAGCACUCGCUGGGUCCUCACAGCAGCUCACUGCUUCAAAGCCAAGAGAAGGCUGCUCCCGCAGUGGCGUGUUGUGAUCGGUGCAUCCCAGCUCUCCCAGCGUGGCCCUGAGGCCCAGGUGCGCUCCAUCAAACAGGUGGUUCAGCACGAGCACUACGAGCCGCGCACGGAGAGUAAUGACGUCGCUCUGCUGGAGCUCGACCAGCCCAUCGCGUGCAAUGACUAUGCACAGCCCGCCUGCCUGCCCGAUGCCAUGGUGGAGGUGUCGAACCUGUCCCACUGCUACAUCAGCGGCUGGGGAGUCACGCAGGAGACAUCCCAGGAAACAGCUGACAUCCUGCAGGAAGCCAAGGUGCAUCUCCUUGAUAUCACGACCUGUAACAGCAGCCGCUGGUACAACGGGGCCAUCGCCAGCAACAACCUGUGUGCAGGGUACGAGCAAGGAGGCAUCGACAGCUGCCAGGUACGCAGGCCGGAGCCCUCUCACUGCAGAGUCCUCCCCAUCUCCACUCAAAUGGCGACAGUGGUGGCCCCCUCAUGUGCACAGAGGAAAGGUCAAAGCGCUUCUGGGUUAUUGGAGUCACCAGCUGGGGACUGGGCUGCGCCAAGGCACAGAGGCCAGGGGUCUACAGCUCCACUCAGCACUUUCAUGACUGGAUCUUGGGGAAAGUCAGGCCUAGGCUCAGGCUCAGGCCCGGGCCCAGGCACAGAACAAGGACAGGCCUCUGCCUGUCAGUCCAGAGCAGUCUGUCUGACUUCUUCAGGAAGCUGAACGAGUUCCUACAGGACCUGA